AUGCAGAAUCUCCAAGCCGACUUACUUCCUGUACACCAAGGAGUCGCCGGGAUUUUAGAACGAUCCGCAGCAGAGUGGUUGACAAAAGACGAUCUGAUCACCCUGUUUAACCACCAUCGACUUCAUCCUUUGCCGCUCUCUACCGUCGUCGCUGGUCCUGCACCUCUGAAUGCAGGAAUUUUCAUCUACAAUAACAAGCCAAGGUUCACGGAUCACUAUGAUUGGAUAGAUGUUGAGGAAGAUAGAAGAAGAAAUUGUCGAUCAUAUCCUCUGGGAAACAACCAGGCUCCUAGGAUCAGAUGUGCAAUCGUCCAUUAUCGACUGAUAAACCACGCUCCAGUUGCUCCAGUUGCAAACGUAGAAGAUGAUGCCACGGACGAUGACGAAGAGGAAGCCGAAGCGGAGCAGAAUCAUGAUGUUGAGGAAAAUACUGAUUCAUCAGAUUCCGAGGACGAAGAAGAUUCGGAGGACGAAGAUCCUACAUAUCAACCUCCCAAAUCAUCUCAGCUCCACCUCUCGGGGCUUUUCUCUCGUUUUGGGGUCGGAGAAAUUAGGGCUUUUCUGGCUGUUCUGUUAAUGGCUACGACGCAAGGGCAGCAGACGGCGAUUGACCCGGCGGUUCUGGAUGAUAUAAUCAGGCGGCUCACGGAGAUCCGGUUAGCUAGACCAGGGAAGCAAGUCCAGCUCUCGGAGGCGGAGAUCAAACAGCUCUGCACUACAGCAAGAGAUAUUUUGCUUGAGCAACCCAAUCUGCUUGAGCUUGAGGCACCCAUCCAAAUCUGUGGUGACAUACAUGGACAAUACAGUGAUUUGCUGAGGCUGUUUGAGUACGGUGGCUUCCCUCCUAGUGCCAACUAUCUCUUUCUUGGGGGCUAUAUGGACCGAGGCAAACAGAGUCGUGAAACGAUACGUCUCACGGAGGUCCGGUUAGCUAGACCAGGGAAGCAAGUGGAGAUCAAACAGCUCUGCACUACAGCUAGAGAUGUUUUCCUUCAGCAACCCAGUUUGCUUGAGCUUGAAGCACCUAUCAAAAUAUGCGGUGACAUAGAUGGGCAAUACAGCGAUUUGCUGAGGCUGUUUGAGUACGGUGGCUUCCCUCCUAGUGCCAACUAUAUGGACCAAGGCAAACCGAGUCUUGAAACGAUACGUCUCUUGCUAGCUUACAAGAUCAAGUACCCAGGGAACUUUUUUCUACUAAGGGGAAACCACGAAUGUGCUUACGACGUGCGCAAAAGGAGGUUCAAUGUGAGAGUGUGGGAGGUUUUCACAGACUGUUUCAGUUGCCUUCCUGUUGCGGCACUCAUUGAUGACACGAUAUUGUGCAUGCACGGUGGACUUUCGCCGGAGCUCAACCAUUUGGAUGAGAUUAGAGGCUUGACACGUCCCACGAUGAUUCCUGACACCGGGCUGCUCUGUGAUUUGCUCUGGUCUGAUCCUGGUAAAGAUGUUAAAGGGUGGGGAGCGAAUGAUAGAGGCGUUUCGUAUACUUUUGGUCCGGAUAAAGUCUCUGAGUUUCUAACGAAACAUGACCUAGACCUUGUGUGCCGUGCCCAUCAGGUUGUGGAGGAUGGUUAUGAGUUUUUUGCUGAUAGACAACUUGUGACGGUGUUUUCUGCUCCUAACUACUGUGGUGAGUUUGAUAACGCUGGUGCGAUGAUGAGCGUGGACGAGAACCUCAUGUGCUCGUUUCAGAUUUUUAAGCCUGCUGAGAAGAAGGCCAAAUUCAUGAUGUCCACAAAGAUUUGA